AUGUCAGAGUUGGCACCCGCGUUUGCUCCCUUCUUUGGGUUCUUUGGGUGUUUUGCCGCUAUGGUGCUCUCUUGUGCCGGAGCAGCCAUUGGUACAGCAAAGUCGGGUAUUGGUAUCGCCGGUAUUGGUGCCUACAAGCCCGAAUUGAUCAUGAAGUCAUUAAUCCCCGUGGUUAUGUCGGGUAUCUUGUCAGUGUAUGGUUUGGUGGUUGCCGUAUUGAUUGCUGGUAACCUCCUGCCGACGCUGGAAUAUACUUUAUUCAAUGGAUUCAUGCACAUGGCCUGUGGUCUCUCCGUGGGUUUUGCUUGCCUUGCUCUGGGGUAUGCAAUUGGGGUUGUUGGCGAUGAAGGGGUGAGAAAGUUCAUGCACCAGCCCCGGUUGUUUGUUGGGAUUGUUCUUAUUUUGAUUUUCGCCGAAGUUUUGGGGUUGUACGGGAUGAUCAUUGCAUUGAUUCUCAACACUAAGGCGAGUGCCUAA